AUGACCGGCGACGAGAAACACUGGGAAUCGGAGGCGCUCUCCCUGAGGAGACUCGCCUUCUUCGGAGUGGCCCUCUCCACCGUGGCCACGCUCGUCUGUGUGAUCUCCGUGCCCAUGCUGUACAACUACAUGCAGCACAUGCAGUCGGUCAUGCAGAACGAAGUCGACUUCUGCAAGUCCCGCUCAGGAAACAUCUGGAGAGAAGUCACUCGCACUCAGGUCCUUGCCGCACCCACCAGGAAAGCUCGUCAGUCCGGCGGCGGAUGCUGCGGUUGUGGAGUCUCACCAGCAGGACCACCCGGACCUCCUGGACAAGAUGGACAGCCUGGAUCCGAUGGACGACCUGGACAACCUGGUAGAAAUGGACCUGACGGACCACCAGCCACACCAGCUCCCGAUGUUGGACGUCCAUGCUUCAAUUGCCCACCCGGCCCUCCUGGUCCACCUGGAAACCCAGGAGGCAAGAGGACACCAGGAAAUCCUGGAUCUGACGGUCAGCCAGGAAAUGCUGGAAACCCAGGAGGACCAGGACCCAUUGGACCACCAGGACCACCCGGAAACGCUGGUCAGCCUGGAAACCCUGGUGCACCUGGAGCCCCAGGAGUACUCACUCAGGGACCUGGAUCGCAAGGACCACCCGGACCACCUGGUCCCCAAGGACCUCCCGGUCCCGAUGGACAACCUGGAGGCCCAGGAAACCCAGGACGAGAUGGUGGCCCAGGACUGCCUGGAGAUAAUGGACAGCCUGGUGGCCCAGGAAACCCAGGAGCCGACGGACGACCAGGAGAUGACGGUAGCACUGGAUCUCAAGGAAGCUGCGACCAUUGCCCACCUCCUCGCACAGCUCCAGGCUAUUAA